UGAUGAUGAUGAUGCAUCGUUAUGAUUUACGACGAGAAGAUUUGUUUGUGUUUCCGGGUUCAAAGUGAUCAUUUUGAUGAGUUUUUCGCCCCUGAGUUGGACAAACAUGGUUAUCAAGCUCUCUACAAGAAGAAGACAACAGAGGUUUACACCGGGACUUAUGCUAUCGAUGGUUGUGCAACAUUUUUCCGAAGGGACAGAUUUUCCCAUGUGAAGAAAUACGAGGUCGAAUUCAACAAGGCUGCUCAGUCACUGACAGAUGUUGUGGUCCCAAUCACUCAGAAGAAAGCUGCUUUGUCUCGACUUCUUAAGGAUAAUGUUGCGCUAAUAGCGGUUCUGGAAGCAAAAUUUAGCAACCACGGAGCCGAUACUCCUGGAAAGCGGCAGCUUCUUUGUGUGUUAAGAAAAUUGAAAUGUUGUCUGUUACAUUUUCAUUUGUGCAAAGCAUCCUAA